AUGGGAACUAGACUAGCAGAUAAAUUUCUAAAGGACUUAGAAGAUUUAAGUGAUGAUGAAGAGGAGGAAAAGGUUGAAAAUGACGAGGAGAUGGCUUCAGAAGGGGAGGAUAAGGAUUAUGCUGAGUAUGAGGAAAGGGAGCAGAAAUUAGAGAAACUUAUCUAGAAAAACUAUUAGUCUAAGAUUAGGGGGAACUUGUAAUUCCUGGAGCAUCUUGAGAACCUAGAUAAAGACUUAAAUGACUAGCCAAUCUAAAAAUUUGUGAACUUGCCCAAAAAAGAUCAGAUACACAAACUUAUCAUAACAACAAAUGACUUCUUAAAGCAUAUUGACAAUGAUAUUCUGAUUGUGCAUAAAUCUCUGAGAGAUGCCUACGAAAACAAGUUUCUUGAACUGGAAUCUAUCAUUAUUAACCCUAUUGACUAUGCUAGGGCAGUCAAAAUUAUCGGAAACAUUCAAGAUAUUACAAAGGUGGUUGAGGAGUUAUCAUGGCUACCUAACUAGACACUGAUGAGCGCAACUGUGGCGUUUUCAGCAUCAAGUGGGAAAUAGUUGAAUGAAAAGGAAUACUAAGAAGUCAUUAGGUUAUGUGAUGAGGUGAUACUGCUAAAUGAAUAAAAAUCAAAGAUGCUUCACUAUCUUGAAAACAGAAUGAGUGCAGUGGCUCCAAAUACCUCUGCAAUCAUUGGGACUAGAGUAGCUGCCAAACUCAUUGCUGCAGCUGGAGGUGUUGUUGAGCUAUCUAAAAUUCCUGCUUGCAACAUUUAAGUAUUAGGCUCCUAAAAGAAAGCCUUGAAUGGCAUGUCAACAGCCUCUGCCUCAUUACAUAGAGGAGUAUUAACCGAAGUAGAUAUGUAUGUCACCGCCCCUUAGAAAUUCUAAAUGCAAGUAAUAAGAAUGCUGUCAAAUAAAACAGCUCUUGCAGCAAGAAUCGAUGCUGCUGGCUCUUGUCCUUCUGGAAAUGAAGGUCAAAAGUUGAGAGAGGGAAUUAUUGUCAGAUUUGGUAAGAUUGUUGCUCCUCAAUAACCAAAAUUAAGAAAGGCGUUACCUAAACCAGAUGAUAGACCGAGAAGAAAAAGAGGAGGUAAAAAGUUUAGAAAUAUGAGACUCAAGUACCAAAUGACUAUGGCUAGAAAGAUGCAAAAUAUUAUACCUUUUGGGGCUGAGGGGUAAAAGGAAUUCAGAGAGACUGGUAUUGGUAUGGGAAUGAUUGGAGUUUCUGGAAAGCUCAAAGUUGGAAUUCAAAAAGAUUAAAAAAUUCUUAGAAAGAAAUAGGUGUAACAUGGGAGAGUCAUUGGUGGAGGCUCAGGAGUAACUAAUGGUCUCGCUUCUUCAAUAGCCAUGACAUAGACCUAAGGAAUGCAGUUGUUAAACCCUGAUAUCUUGGAAAGAUAAAUAAGAGAGGCUAGUAACAAGGGAAAUUCUUCCUAUUUCAAUACUAAGAGCGGAUUCAAUACAGUUAUUAAUCUCAGGAAAAGUAAUCAUAGCAAAGCUUAGUCAGCAGCUGGAGGAAAUAACUAUCAGAAUUAGGGAGCAAACUAUAACAACAUGAUCUUAUGA